AUGCUGUCCACGGCAUGCAAUUACACGGAUGAAAAGGAAGAGCGCGACACUAAAACUUGUGUCGCGCUCCUUGCCCCGGCCCCCGGUGUGUCCCUACUGUCUAGUGCGUCCCUACUCUCCAGUCUCCGCGUCCCAUACAACGAUCCUAGCACAUUGUACUACUUUCUCUGUGAUCCUAACGGCGAACAAAGUCUCGAAGAGCCGAAGACGUCCAUCGCCAGUGUUCUGUGUCUGUGUUUGAUGGCGUUCCAUUCCCCUGUUCGUGACCAGGAAUGGAGAAAUACUGCACAGUCACGACUUCCUUUGUGGACAACUAGCUUCGACCACGCUCUUUCUCAGAUACCUAAGGAAGUCUUACAGCAAAUCGCUCCGCACUCCGACAGUACCAACUCGGAGUAUAAUUUCCAACAGCGGGUCGCCGAGUGCCCACGAGGUCUCAAGCCAGCUGUGCGCCCUCGGAUGUCCGACACCGGACGCAGUCGCCAGAAUCGUCAGGCUCCGACUCGAAUCAAGCGACUGGACGCAAACGGGGCUUCAGCCAGGUCACAUCUUCCCCUUCCGCCCAACUAG